AUGCGCUGCACGCUUGCAGUGCGGCGCAGACAGAAGUCCGAGGCUGGGAGUGAGAAAUGUGAGAUAUCAGCCACUGCAGUUCGGGGGCCCGGAGCCACUAACGCCGAUCGCGAUCUGGAUCCCAAGGAUCUCCAGGGUCUCCAGGAUUUCAAGGAGGGCCAACAGGAGUCAAGGCCAGCAAUCGAGGGCCAUCACCUCCCUCGCACUCCCUACGCCCCAGGCCUCAUCCCCCGUGAAAUAAAGUACAAUAGAACAGAGACCCCUCCAACGAUCCCUACCCAAAAGGAACCCACCCAACUUCCCCCGGAAGUCUUCUCCCAAUGUUUCGUGUCUCGACACACCCCAAGGGCGUCUGACGAAGUUCACGACGUUUACGACCCUACACUUACGACCUUUGCGCGGCAACGCCAGCCCGCUGCCCAACGACCAUCCUCUGCUGAGGCAGACCCCCAAUUCCGACCCCCUAGCGCUUCCCACUCCCAGCGCACCUUACGUCGCGUUCGCCGACAACCAGAGACCCGACAGAACCUCCACCGUCGAGCUGUAUCCUUAGACGUCCCUUCGCACCCUCGCCCUCCGCCGGCGCAUACAAGACAAAGCUCUGUGCGACAGCCUCCAGCCAGUGGAAUCGCAGCGCUACGUCCGGCACUUUCCGAAGCGCAUACUGAUGACAACGGGUCGACCGUAGACGACCCCUACCAGCUCCUCGACACAUCCUAUUGGCCGCAGCGCAACACCGGUGUCUCAUCGCGCACUGCGUCUGCAAUCCUCUUUGCCCUUGAGGACGCCAUCCGUGGUCCACUCCAACUUUCAACUGACUGGGACGAAGUGAAUGCUUCUAUGUCAGACAUGGUAGGCGUAGCUGGUCCUGCUGGGCCUACGGGCAAUGCCCGUUCUCAGAAUGGUGGAGCCCGUGUACCCCAGAAUCCUGUGUCCGGGUCAUCGCAGCCCCCGAGUGGGAUGCGCACACCGACGGAUAUCAUGAGACAGCGGAGGGAUCGGGAGGCUCGCCGUAAGGCCGAGCAGGAUGCCCGAGACAAGGAACAGGAAGAACUGGAACGACAGCAGCUGGACCAUGAGCAAGCUCAAAUCCAGGCUCAAGCUCAGGCCCAGGCUCAGCAAUACUCUGCUGCUAUUUCCGGCGAUAAUGCCUCCCAGUCCCGAACACGAAUCCCCCGCGCAAAUAGGGUUGCUGAAGGGCAGCCUGAUACUGUACCCGUCACUGGGCCUCCGGCAGGUUACCAACCCGCACCUCCGACAACUGGUGCAGGGCCAAUAGCCGGUCAAUCUCGGCCAGUACAAGCAUCUAGUCAACAGCCCCUGGGUACGUCUGCACCCCAGCAUGGUCGGUCGCAGAGCGCUGCAGCUGCUGGAGCUCAGACUGGACCGAGCGGAUUCUCCAAGCCUGCCCAGCCUGCACCUGCAGCGUCCUCUGCUACUGCACAAUCUCUCCAACAGCCUCGGCGCGUUGGUUUCCCGCAUGCAUUUGAACGAUGGGAGACACUUUCCUCGCACUGGGAGGGUCUCACCAGCUACUGGAUGCGCAAGCUGGAACAGCACAACGAGGACUUAGAGCGUGAUCCUCUCAGCCAACAACUGGCUCGACAGAUUACCGACUUGUCCGCCGCUGGCGCCAACCUGUUCCAUGCAGUAGUCGAAUUACAACGUCUACGAGCCUCCUCGGAACGCAAGUUCCAGCGCUGGUUCUUCGACACCCGCGCCGAGCAGGAACGAGCCAAGGAAGUGCAAGCAGAUCUGGACCGCCAGCUUAAAGCCGAACGACAAGGCCGAGCUGAUGCCUUUGCCGCUGCUCAAACGGCCGAAAAGGACAAAGUCCGCGCAGAAGAGCUCCUCAAAGAGAUGCGGCGCGAACUCCAAAUCUCUAAAGAAGAAGCCCGCCGCGCCUGGGAAGAACUCGGCCGUCGCGAACAAGAAGAGCGAGACCGAACCAACUCGCUCCGAAACGGCGAACCAACUCUCGUCGGAGGCGUCCAAGUAGUACCCAUGAUCUCCGGCGUCCCAAGCCGCCACAACACAACCAACCGGCCCCAAACUCGCGAAGGACCGUACCCAGGCGGCCCAACAGCCACAACCAUGGGCACAGAUGCCUACGGCAAACCAACCGGACCCAGCACAAGCGGACGAUACUACGAAGACGGCACACCAAUGUCACCAACAGGCUCCGACCCCUUCAUUGAACCCAAAAAGACAGACCCACCCGCCUCCUCGAAAGCCCCCUACCCAGGCCAACUCUACGCGCACCAAAACACCUCAGUGCCCUACGCUGCACCCGCAGCCUCCGAACCAGACGACCACUCUUACGUAGGAAGCAGCGACGCCGGAGACGAGGAAUACGCGCAUUACGCGCACGAUCCCCAGGGCCACGGCCUCUCUUACCCACCCCCUCGCUCAGAGGGAAGUGAGGAAUACGAUAACACAGCCGAAGAUGACCGCCACUAUAUGCCCGACGACGCCUAUACCUCGGCUGCAUCCUCUGCGCCACUGCAGGCUCCCUACCCGCCUGUCUCGGCUGCGGAUUAUAGUGGUGCUGGAUGGGGUCCCGGGACCGGGUGGGAGUCUAUGACUCCGCGUCAUCGGCACCCGACCCGCCUCAGUGAUGUCCUUGAAGAGGAUGAGCAUAGUCGGACUAGUCCCAGUCGUGCUAGUCAGCGGAGUCGCAGCCAGGCUAGUCGGAACAUUCUUUAG